UCACGACGAUGGCGGCGGUGCCGACGGGCCGCUGCCCGGGGCUCGGGGUGUUGGUGGGCAGCUCUGGCAGGCAACGUCCGAGGAUGCAGCAGAGCUUCGCCUGUAAAAUUUGUGGCUUGAGCCGCCGGCAGACUUUCGGCGUAGUCGUCGGGUCUUUGCAGGAGCUGCUGGCCAAAGGAAUUAAUAAACUAGGGCUGGAUAAACGUGGUGCACAAUGGACCUGUACAGUUGUGCUGGAAGAAGAUGGGACAGCUGUUGAUGAUGAAGACUAUUUUGAGCAAUUGCCAAAAAACACAAAGUUCAUGAUCCUUGGUCCUGGUGAAAAAUGGAUUUCACGUAAUGUUGAAAUGAAGUUGGUCUUCGGUACAAGAACUAAUGCUGAUAUUGGUGAUUCGAGAGACUGUGUGGAUUACGCUGGGAGUUCCAGUAAUUGGAAAAUCCUUGCUAAUCGACUUCGACAGAACUUGGCCCAAAUUAUUACAAUGUCUGAGUCUGACUUGCAGACACUGAUAGAUGCGCCAUCUGCUGAGCUGGCAAAGGAAUUGGGGGUAACUUCAGAUAACGCUGAAGAAAUACAAGACUUCCUGCAACGUGCUCUUGAUACUAGUGAGGAUCGUCGUCAAGCAAUUGAGCUGUUAAAGCUAUAUCGGAAUGUGUGUGAAAAAGAUGGAAUGAAGUUGGGCUUGGAUACGAGAACUAAUUCUGAUAUCGGUGAUUCUGUAGACUGUGUGGAUUACACUAAGAGUUCCAGUAAUUGGAGAAUCCUUGCUAAUCAACUUGAACAAAACAUUGCCCAAAUUAUCACAAUGUCUGAGUCUGACUUAAGGGCACUGAUAAAUGUGCCAUCUAAUGCGCUGGCAAAGGAACUGGGGGUAACUUCAAAAAAUGCUGAAGAAAUACAUGAUGCCCUACAACGUGCUCUUGAUACCAGGGAGGAGCGUCGUCAAGCAAUAGAACUACUAAAGCUAUAUCGGAAUGUGUGUGAAGAAGAUGAUUCAACGCUUGCACAAAAAACUGAAGUUGAUAGUUUUGAUGCAGUGACCAGUCAAACUACCCAGCUGAGUCAACACAUAAUUGAAGUCCUGAGGAAGAAAUCUUGUCCAGAGCUUUCCUUAUCAACCAGGGAACUACAGGAGGUUUUCAAAGAAAAGCAAAGGAAUCUAACAUCGGCUUUACAAUGUUCCACUGCGAAAGUUAAGAAGUUGCAACAAGACUGUAAGAAGGAAUUUGAGAAGCGCUCGACCACCGUGGACUCUCUUGAACAACUGAAUAAAUAUUCUUCAAGGAAAAGAAAGCUGUGAAGCCUGGUGCAGCAAGCAACCAAAACAAGGAACCAUACCCAGCAGAAGUCAUUGUCAUCCUGAAGAUGGAACAAUCAUUGAUGGAAGCUGCCUGCAAAAUUUCUUAAGCAGUAGACUUUCAAACCUUUCCCACUUAUCGGUUGUAAAUUUAAUUAUGUUAAAAUGUCAAAACACUGUGAAAGAACCCUUCCUAACUUUAAAUUUAAUGCAUUAGCCAGCAAUACUUGCACUCUUAUAAUUACAGUUAGUACUUCACAUUGUGAAGGUGCAUUAAUAUUUCUAAAGAGAUUAACAUUUUCAGAAUUGCAUUUUACUUUUUAUUUUUACUAGUUCUAUUCUUUUUUUAAAAAAGCUGUUAAAAUUCUUAUUUUACUGUUUAUUAAUUAGAUUUAAUUCAAAGUAAUUAAAUGUAGUUAAUGUGGA